GGGCAGUGGGCGGAGGUCAGCGGUCGCUCGGCGCUUGGGCCUCUGUGCGCUGCGAGGACUGGCGCGGAGGCCUCGGCUGCGUUCGGCGCUCCGUGGCGCCUGGUUCCGCCAUACCUCUCUCCACGACCUCAAUCGAGCAUGUUCUCCAGGGCUCAGGUGAGGCGGAUUCUGCAACGGGUGCCCGGAAAGCAGCAACUCGGCAUCUACAGGUUCCUGCCCUUCUUUUUUGUCCUGGGAGGAUUGAUGGAGUGGAUCAUGAUUAAAGUGCGCGUGGGCCAGGAGACCUUCUAUGAUGUCUACCGUAGAAAAGCCUCAGAAAGACAAUAUCAGAGAAGGCUGGAAGAUGAAUGAGAGACUGAGCUUCAGCAGUCAAUAAAGUGAAUAUGAAUUUUCACUAUUGGUUUCAACACCUGUGAAAGCGUACUUUUGAGAUCUCUUA